AUGUUGCGCUCACCGAUGCUCAUGUUGCCACGUCACCGGGGCUCGAGUCGGCGGUUCAGUUUCCAGCAGAUGCUGACGUUGCAGCUGCUGAAGCUGGACGAGGCACAUCUUCGCAUGCUGAUGUCAGCAGUCAACAGCAACCCAGGAGACGAGCUGUGUGCCCCGUUUGCAAGGCGAGGGGGGGGCCCUCAUUGGCUGACGAGGCGGGAGAGGUUCAAAUUGUCUCUCUCGCUGAAAUGGCCUCCUCCGUUGCUGGGUCUGCUUGUAGUAUCAAUCACGCCACUGCUGCUGCACCCUUCCCUCCCUUACCCUGCGCGCAUCUUCCUCCAGGCCGCGCCGCUCUCCAUCAUCCAUCACGUCAACCUCGCCGCUGCUGACUUCGACCAGCUACCCAUCCUGCCCUUCGAUUCUGCACAACAAGGGGCCUUCGAACCUGCGGCUGAGGCAGCUGCGGGGAGCCAUGCUGAGGGCAGGCAUGGAAGCAGCGGGGGUAGGAUCAUCAGCGCGUUUGUGCCCUCUGGGGAGCAUUGCAAGCGGAGGCGCCUUUACACCAGCUCGCCUAUGGCAGUGGCACCAGCGCUGCCAUCGCCUGCACCAUCUCCGUCACCCCUGUGUGCAGCUCAGGGUGCAGAGAGCACGAGAGGGAGGGCAGGCGGAGCGGGCAAGGGCGGGUGGCAGCAGCGGGGGCGGCACCGAGUGGCGGAGAGUGCGCCGACGGAGAGUGUGGUGCGCGCGUGGAUGACUGUGGAGUUGCAGGCGCUCAUGAAGGAGCAGGACGUGGGCAUGGUGGUGGAUCAUCUGCUCGCAGUCUUCCUCCACCCGCCCGCCACCCAGCCCCCACCAGCACCGCUCCCUGCCACCUCGGCACGUGCCACACCAACAGCAACAUGUGCGAGGAGUGGCAGGGUGUCAGGUCAUCAGGCGUCAAGGCACCCUCCCAUCAGCACCAUGAGGACCGUGUGGCCCCCCAGAUCCGCCGUGCAGCCACUUGUCACUGCCCGCCCACCCCUCAUUGCUCGCCCCCCACUCACUGGCACUCCCCGUCCCCCUGUGGUGGCCCGCCUGUCUGUGCUAGCAGAGGCUGCUCGCCCCUUCCUGUUCGACCGUGCCUUUGCCUUCGCUGUCCGCCUCUUCUCCUUCGCGCACCCGCAACCUGCUGCUGGUGCUGCUGCUGCUGGGGCAGGAAAGCAACAGGCGGUAGGGCGAGAGGAGCAAUUAAAAGGGCCAGGAAGUGCAAGUGGGAGGGAGUCUGGGAAAGAAGGUGCAGGCGAUGGAGGAGGAGCAUCGGAAAACUCACAAGGGCAGAUGGGCGUAGUGGGGAGCAGAGAGGCAGCAGAAGGCAGUGCAUGUGGGGUGGAGCAAGCAGGUGGAGAGCAACCCUGGCAAGCAGUGGCUCACGGUGGAAGAGGCAGUGGAGAGCAUGAUGGGGAAGGGCGGCAGGGAGCAGGUGGUGUGAGAAGGGGGGGGAAGGAGCAGCUGGCAGUGGGAGAAGGGAGGUGGCGGAGGGUGGUGGUGGAAGAGAGGGCAUCGGAGGAUGUGUUUGGGGAGCUUGAGGGCGCUGAGGAUGGCGGUGAUGAUGGGGGCGAUGAUUUCAACGGUGACUGGGAUGAGUAG